AUGACAAGAGCCAGAACAAAAUCAGCUGUUGUGUCCGAUCCCAACCACUCAUCAUCAUCAUUACAACAACGAAUACAGCCAGCAAAGAAGAGAUCUUACACCAGCACUGGUAUCCAUUCUCAAACACCACCACCAAGUGGUAAUCAUUCAUCUUCCCUUUUGCACUCCAACUUUCCUCCGAUCACUUUUGCAUAUGAAGAAAAUCCUCCUCUCCACUUAUCAUCAUUUGCUGAAUCAUCAUCUUCACCCUUAUCUUCUUUUCGUCAUUCCCCUUCACCAAACUCUAAUUUAUUGCAGAGAAGGCUUUCAACCACAGAAUUGUCCGAAAAUGUCAAGUUACAUUCUCUCUUGCGACGUGCUCAAUCUCCACUACCCAAUGCAAGUAAAACUACCCACUUUCAUCAUCGAACAACUCCUAAUCAAUAUGGUAUCAUUGUGAGCAAUUCUUCAACAUCUUCUUCAAAACAAGAAAAAUUGGAUCUCUAUAGCAAAUAUAUUCAAAAACUUAGACUAGAACUUGAUAAGAAAUCACAGCUUAUUAAGGAUUUGAAAGAAUACGUGAGAAAACAAGAUGAAAGUAUUCGUAUAUCCCAUGACAUGUAUCAAAAAGUCUUAAAACAUAGAUGUCAUGGAGGAGAAAGGCCAUCCUUAGAGCCAUCACAAGAAUUAUCUCAAACUCUUUGGGAAAAUUGUAAUGAAGAAAAAAUAAUUGAUGAAUUGUUUGAAGAGGACAACUCUGAAGAACUUUUAGAUGAAAUGACCUCUCGCUUAAUGAAAUAUGAAACAAAAUCAAACUCUCCGUUUUCUUCUGAUUUUCAAAUGCUAUCAAAGAGCUGUGUAACAACAUCCAAUGCCUCCACACAAACGUUUUUUGAAAGUGAAAAUGAAAAGAUGCAACAUCAAAUGUUACUUGAAAGCAUUAAUGCUUUAAAAGAAGUGGCUUUAUCAAAACAAGUGAAAGAGUUGAAAGAUCAAAUCCAACAAUAUAAAACAUUGUACGAGUCCAUAAAAGACGAGCUCAUCAGUACUCGAUCAGAAUUCGUCCAGUACAAGAUGAGAUUAGAAGAAGAGCGAGAGAAGAACUUGAUCGAAAUUAGAAAUUUAUCUGACACUUGUAAAUUUGAAAAAAACGCGAAAUCUGAUAUCUAUCAAAGCAUAUCCAGUCACUUUGAAGAAGAGAACAAAAAGAAUUUGAUCAUUAUUGAAAAGUUGAAAACAGAUCUAAAGAAUCGAGAUGCAGAGAAAUCCUCUCUCGAAAAGCUUAUUGAAACACAACAAUCUUUGUACAAUAAUUUGAAUGAGCGGUACAACAAAGAAACUCAUCAGUUGAGAAGAGAAAUCGAUGGAUUAAGGAAAAAGUUAUCCAUAUCAAUGACACGCAACAUGGAGUUUAAUACUUCACUCACGACAGAUUCCAAAAAUACUCUUGGAUCCACAGCCACUAGCGACAUUUCUUCAAUUCUUCAACCAAGUGAUUCUGCACAAUAUAUGAAAUCUUCAAGAAGCAGUAACGACAAAUCUCACAGAAAUGAACUUCCUAAAAUUUAG